AUGAGUAAAAGAUCAUCCAUCAUUAAACCUCUGACAACAGAAGGAAGGCAGCCCACAUCGUCCUCUAUCAAGAGCCACAAAGAAUCCAGCAUUCAAAAGCACGCUCAAUUCUGGGACAAGACCAACAAAGGCUAUAUUUCUCCAUUGGACACUAUAUCAGGUUUCGUGACAUUGGGUUACAGUGUUUUGUUUAGCAUUGCUCUUGGAGCCUUUGUGGGCGUCUUCUUAUCUCUUUCAACUCAAACUGGUUGGUUCCCAGAUCCAUUAUGCCGUGCUAAUGUCAGGAAUUUGAUCCAGUCCAAGAAGCAAACUCAAGGUGCAUUUGACGAGGAUGGCGUAUUCAGUGCCGAAAAAUUCGAAGCCCUGUUUAGUAAAUACGCCAAAUCAGAUCCAUCUGGCAAAACAAUCACGAUGCCCGAGUUGAUAAGAAUGACUCAAGAGCAGGAAAGAUUAGGCAGAAACGUCAAAGCAUGGGCAACAAGCAUGGUGGAAUUGUGUACAGCCUAUUUUUUCAUCGGUCAUCGUGGCAGUAUCACCAAGGAAGAUGUUCGCGCUGCCUACGAUGGCUCAUUAUUCUACCGCCUUAAAGAUAACCACAAGCUCAUGAUUCAGGACAAAAAGCAAACGUCUAGUUUAAAGGGCUCUUAUCUUUCAAAGCCUGCCAGCCCCUUGAGCGUCAAGGCACUAGAGCAUCGUAUGCAAGUAGUAUUCAGUGCAUUGCAAUCGAAAUCCUCUAUUGCCGCUGAGUACGGUGUGCAUGAUUGGGUAUCCUACAUUCAAGAGAGAACCAAUUCUAUCAAGGACCAUGCUCUUCCACGUGCCUUGAGACGCCCAACCUCGAUUAUCAGUGGCGUGGCGACUCCCAAAUCUACUGGAAGGGCCCACGCCAAAGAGCACGAUGACCCCUCGACAUUGUUUCCCGAAGGAUUAACAGGAGUUGCCAAGGCAACAUCAGAAGCGGCUUUAAUGGGCACUGAAUUCCUGAGCUCACUUUUGCGUCAUGGAGCAGAUGCAUCGGACAACAGCAGCAAGGCAAGAGGCAUGCACGGCAUCUUUAGCGAUGAUAGCGGUGAGGUCAGCAUGGAUCAUCAUCGUCCCAUCCUCUUUGGUAGUGUGUCUACUGAGAACCCUGCCAUCACAAAGGAGAAUGAUGCUGAUUUCCCACCUUUACCAAAGCGUUCUGAAUCGACAAGCAUAUCCAACAACGACUCUCUGAUGAAUGGGUUCUUGAAGAGCGAUGAUAGUCAUGCCCAUGAAUGGAUUGCUGCUGGAUUAACUGGUGUUCAACAACAACAACAACAACAACAACAACAACCUGAACAUAUUAAAAAGACAUCCAACAUUCCAGCAAAGCAAACACCACCAGAGCAGCCUAAACCAGUUGCACAAGAACCUAAACAACAACAACAACAACAAGAUCACGAGCAAAUCCCAAAGGCGUCUCUUACCCCGCCACCAGAAGAAAAGCUGGACGCCACUACUAUUGCUACCCCUCCCAACACCACCAAGAAGCCCAUGGUAUCAUCUGCACCCACAAACAACAAAAAGGUAAAGAGAAAUAAAAAAAAGAACAAGAUGGGACAAGUUUCACCUACUAGCAGUAGUGAUUCUUUAAGCUAUCAAGAAAAAGAUAUCUUCUAA